AUGUCCCCAGCCCCCGCGCUGGCGCUCACCGACGAAGCCAAGGCGGCGCUCAUGGCCGAGGCCCGCGCCAAGGCCGCCGCGCAGGCCCAGGCCCAGGCCCCCAUCGCAGCCGCGCCGCCCGCGACCAGCGAGCAGACGUCCAGGUUCAUCACCGCCCCCGAGCUGAGCGACAGGGACGGCAUCGACGCCAGGAACCUGACGCGGGGAGACGCAGACGCAGACGGCUUCGCCGCCGCCACGUACGACGCCGCAUCUGCUCCCUCCGAUGCUUCGUCGGAAGCCGCCGCGGCGCCGCCGACGGCGACGUACGUGGCGCCCCCUCCCGGGGCGUUGCCCGAGCCGGAGAACCCGGAGAACGUGAACGCGGGCGGAGGAGUGUUCGGCUUGUUCCAGAGCGGCGGGGGCGGGUCGGAGGAGCCGCAGGGGAAGAAGUUUGGCCUGUUUUGA